AGAUCAUGAAAAUUUACUGUAUACGCCGAUUUCAUUCACCUUUUCCACCUUAGAAUCGGUCAAAUAAAAGCAACAAACCACCGAAAAUGGGUAGAAUCAACAUGUUCAACGCCUCCGUCAUCAUUCUUACAUCGUUUGUUGGUGUAUGGACCGGCGUGAGAUUCUUCGAACCAAUCGUGGUCGAAAAGUUAAGAGAAGAUGGUGCCCUUCGACAAGAUAUGAAAUUCCCCAAGUAUGAUGAGAAUGGUGAUCCAAUCCUCCCAGAAGGUGUUAAGCAACCCGAAAGUUUGAUGGACGUUCUUACAUUUGAUCCAAACAAAGCUGACAAGGAUGAAUGAUCACAGCACUAUGUCUACUCAUCUCUAUCUACGUGUAUAUACAUUUAAUAUCUGAAAUUCUCUAUAUAAAAG